AGCCAACUUUUUUGUAUUUAAAGAAACCUCCGCGACAGAUAACGCUAGUGUUCACACUCAAGUUGUACCUCCAAAUUUGAAUCAACUAUGGCGUGCAAAGCAAUUCCAUUAAUUUUAAUUAUUGCACUUCUCUAUAUCAAGGGAGGCCAAUCAUGGUCCCAAGAUCCUUGGUUCGGCGCAUAUCAAUCGCUGAAAUUUGAACGUCAACACAUCUCGCUCGCGAUCACUAACAUCAACCGACAGAUCUCAUCGGAAAUCAGCGGUAGAAUCACUGCAAUCACUUGGACACUCAAUCAAAUUAAAAACCAAGCGCAAUACGCUCCAACUGCUUGUGCACAGAGAACACUCGCAGAUAUUGAGACAUUUUUCUCAACAAUGCAUAUGAUUCAUGAAUGUCGUAAUAAUGCAUUGAUUAAUGUUCUACGAGAGAAACAAAUGCAACAAAUUGAUGAACUGUUUGGCAAAGUGAAGGAAGCUGAGACAACUUGCAGAACCGUUGUGCAUUAUCAAGAAUGCGCUGAUAAUGUGACCAAAGAAAUACAAGCAAGAUUAUUGGAAAUCAGAGAUGAAACUCAAGGAGAAGCUCAGAGAAUUACUCAAGAAAAUUCGGCAUGUGUUGAACAACGCGGCAGUGAAAUGAUUGGAAAAGUGAAUGAAAUUGAAACAAACUGGAAGACAUGCUAAUUAAUUGUAAAAUUUGAU